AUGCUUGUGUUCUUUCUUACUUUGAUCACUCUCUGUCUGUGUGGAGCGGAAGCCACGAAACAACGCUCUUCCUCUCCACAAUAUGACUUCGUCAUUGUCGGCGGGGGUACCAGUGGAUUGGUAAUUGCCAACCGACUUUCAGAGAUGGAGAAUGUUACGGUAGCCGUCAUUGAAGCCGGCGACACUGCCUUUGGAACAGCGAUUGAUUGGGCUUAUCAGACCGAGAACCAGACAUAUGCCGGGGGUUCGCGUCAGACUAUGCGCGCUGGUAAAGCUAUUGGUGGAACGAGCACGAUCAAUGGAAUGACAUAUACUCGAGCCCAAAACGUCCAAAUCGACGCAUGGGAGAGCGCUGGAAACGAUGGUUGGAACUGGAAGGACCUCCUGCCCUACUACGAAAAAUCAGAAGGGUUUCAGAUUCCUACCUCGGAUCAGAUUGCACAUGGCGCGGGUUAUAAUAUCCGAUAUCAUGGAGCGAAGGGUCCCUUGAAAGUCGGUUGGCCUACCGUGCUGACUAACAGCAGUUUCCUCCCAGCGAUCAAUGAAACUUUGCAGCAGCUCGGCAUCCCUUACAAUAGUGACGUGAAUGGUGGCAGGAUGGUUGGCCUCACAGCCCACCCCGAUACUGUCGACAGAGAAGCCAAUGUCCGCGAAGACGCUGCUCGGGCCUAUUACUGGCCUUAUCAAGCCCGCUCGAACCUCAAGGUUAUCUCCAAUACCAAUGCGAACAAAAUCAUCUGGGCGGACAACUGGGACGGUGAUGCUAUUGCCAUUGGGGUGGAGGUCACCGGAGUCGAUGGAAUCGAGGAGAUAUACGCCUCAAAGGAAGUCAUCCUGUCGGCUGGAUCCUUGAAAUCGCCAAUUCUCCUCGAAUUUGCCCUUGCCAGUGUGGGCGAGAACCUGCAGGACCAGACAAACAAUGGGCUCGGCUGGAAAGGGAAGGAUUUGUGGACUGGCCUAGCAAGCUUUUCCGCUCUGCUACCAGUCGACCUACUUUAUGGAAACAAAGUGUCUGCCAUUGCAACCGCCGUCAAAUCCACGCUCCCAGAAUAUGCGAAGGCGGUGUCCCGCGCCUCGAACGGCGUAGUCAACGAGCGCGAUCACUUGGCAGCUUUCCAGAUUCAGUACAAUUUGAUCUUCGAGUCACAAGUGCCGUUUGCCGAGAUUGUUUUUGUCCCGCUGGGAGACUCGGUUUCUAGUGAAUACUGGUGCCUCCUCCCCUUCUCCAGGGGCAGUAUCCACGUUAGGUCCGCAAAUGCUUCGGAACCAGCUUCGAUCAAUCCCAACUAUUUCAUGUACGAAGCAGACCUCAUUGCCCAGGCCGACGUGGCUCGAUACAUUCGCCAGUUAUACGGGCGUGCGCCUCUGACCGAUCUAGUGGCCGAAGAAAUCCAACCGGGAUUGGAUAUUAUCCCCGAAAAUGCGCCUGAGUCGACAUGGGAAGGCUGGAUCAAGUCACAGUAUCGUUCCAAUUUUCACCCAGUUGGGACUGCCAGUAUGCUGCCUCGGAACAAAGGUGGCGUUGUUAGCCCUGAGCUCAAGGUAUACGGCACGAAGAAUGUGCGAGUGGUUGACGCUUCUAUCUUGCCAUUUCAGCUCUCGGGUCACCUGACGAGCACUCUCUAUGCGGUAGCUGAAAAGGCCUCGGACCUGAUUAAAGAAAGGCAUAAAUAG